CGGAAACCCGAAGUGUAAACAAAACCAGUUGUUACGAGCCACACGCUAAUUUGUUUUGGGCGAAGACAUUGCCAACCAAGUCUCGCCACAUACAGCUUGUUGAAUGUUCCUGAUGGGCGGAAGCAAGUAAUCCCUUUGCCAAUACAGCACCACAAUCAGCUUGCUAUUGAGAGACGGUGGCAGCCACGAUGUCCAGGAAGCAGACAUCGAAACCUGUUCGCGGAAACAAGAAAGGUGAUGUGGAACGUAAACGGGACGAGCGGGCAGCACGCCGCGCUAUUGCCAAGGACCGCAGAAACCGCCCACAGGAUGGCAAUGAAGGAGAGGAGUUUGUUAGUUUCGCCAAUCAGCUCCAGGCACUGGGGCUCAAGCUAAGAGAAGUCCCUGGAGAUGGGAACUGUCUGUUCAGAGCGCUGGGUGACCAGUUAGAAGGUCACUCCAGAGGACACCUGCGGCUACGCCAGGAGACUGUCCAGUACAUGAUGUCCCAUCGCCAAGACUUUGAGCCCUUUGUUGAAGAUGAUGUACCAUUUGCACAGCACUUGUCUAACCUCGCUCAGCCUGGUACCUUUGCUGGCAAUGAUGCUAUUGUUGCUUUUGCCCGCAGUCGACAGCUAAAAGUAGUCAUUCAUCAGCUCAACACACCACUGUGGGAGAUAAAUGGUGCAGAGAAGCAAUUGUGCCGAGAGCUACACAUCGCUUAUCGCUAUGGAGACCAUUAUGACAGUGUGAGGCGGAUUGGGGACAACUCAGAAAGUCCUGCUCAGCUGCGCAUAGAGAAUCUGCAGAAUUCACGUGGCCAGCAGCGCGAGUUCGGAGAUGGCCAGAGGGACAGAUGGACAGCACCUUCAACAACAGCUUUUGAAGAGGACAGUGUUAUCCUGAGCUCUGUGAAAAACCGGGAAAUCCAUGUUGAAGAGGAGAACCUGCUCCAGCUGAGUGCGGCCACCAUCAACGCUGACUGGCUGGUGGGCGCUCUGCUAGACCAGCCCUGCCAGGGCCAGUGUGCCUCAGGAACUUGCCCAGCUUGUACAGGUGGAGCCAUAGACUGCACUGAGCAGAAGCAAUCACAAGAGGGCAGCAAUCAACACAAACCGAAGGUCUCUAACAGGCAAAGGAAAGAGCAGCAGCGCCAGGAGAAAAAGAAACGUCAAGAGGAUAGGCAUCGGCAGAAAGUUCUCCAAGCCAAAGGAAACUACGACCAGAAUCAGAAUCUACCUGAAGCUGUUACAUUAGUACCAGCCCUAAACACUCUCAGUAUAUAGACUGGAAUGAGGCCAAAAGUACUUGCAAUUGCUCUAGAUUCCAGUGAACAACACUGACGACGACGUUUUGCACAUAGUCAGAUUCUUCAAUCACAUUGGAUGACCUUUCCAAAAGAACUCUUAAGUUUCUUUGCAAAUGUUGAAAACAAGCCUGAGACUUAGUGUUUGUGUGCGCGCUUGGAAUAACAUGUCCAUAUGUGUAUACAUUUUGAAUAAGAACGAAACAAACAGCAUGACUAUUGAUAUUUUUGUUGGAUUUGGAGUUGGUUUGAUACCAAGCUGGUAUAUGCAGUUAAGUUUCCUUCUCUGACACAUUUUGUCUAUCAGGAUGCCUUGUCCCUUUCUACAACAUCACAUGAAAGUUGGAUUUUCAUGAAGAACGUGCAUAUAAUCUCAAACCGUUAGGAUUGUUAAUUUAACUGAGAUAAACAUUGUUUUUUUUCCCUAGCCAAAGAUUAAAGUAAAGGGGGAAUGGUUGAUGAGCGAUCGUGACACUGUAUUAUACGAGGAAUGUGGCAAUAAAUGAGACUACUCUAUUUAUGUGGCUGUCAUUUGUCAUGGUAGCUGUCACAUAGUCUUGAUCAUUCUGUUUUUUUAUGUAUUCAGAUUUGGGGUAUAUCAUGGAAAACAGGUUACUUCUCAUUGGUCUUCUAAUGAAAGAGUCAUCAGUUUUCCUGGAUAGAGACAGUCUCAAAACUAUGGUUUAUUGCUGUGAAUUUCUAAGUAAUACUCUAAAGCCUCUAGUUAUGAAUGCCAAAUUUGUCAUACUUUUCCCGUGCUGAAUAAAUGCGA